AUCAGCGAAGAGCAUCAGAUUUUCAGAAGCCGAGAGAUGCUCUGCUCCGCUCGAAUCUUAACGUGCUCCAGCGCGUUCCCUCACAGCUCCUCUCGCCGACGACGGCCGGAGACGCGGCCUCCAUCGCCGUCUCUUCUUCCCCGAUGGCGCCGCCCGGCCUCCGGCGACGCCGACGCGUCCCUUUCCCCACCUUCCGUCCAAACCUCUGUCCCUAGCGCCGUUGAUUCCGUCGAGAAGAACCCAUCCAGCUUUUGCAUAAUCGAAGGGCCUGAGACGGUUCAGGAUUUCGCGAAGAUGGAAUUGCGGGAAAUCCAAGAUAAUAUCAGGAGUAGACGAAAUAAAAUAUUCUUGCACAUGGAGGAGGUUCGCAGGCUGAGAAUACAACAAAGGAUAAAAAGUGCCGAGCUUGGUGUUAUAAAUGAUAAGCAAGAAAAUGAAGUUCCAGACUUUCCAUCUUUCAUUCCAUUCUUGCCUCCCCUGACACCAGCAAACCUUAAAGUGUACUAUGCUACCUGUUUUUCUUUGAUCACUGGAAUCAUCAUCUUUGGUGGUCUUCUUGCUCCUACUCUGGAGCUUAAACUGGGAAUAGGAGGCACAUCAUAUGCAGAUUUUAUCCGUGGUGUGCAUUUACCCAUGCAAUUGAGUCAGGUUGAUCCUAUUGUAGCAUCCUUCUCUGGAGGAGCAGUUGGUGUUAUCUCAGCCUUGAUGGUGGUAGAGAUCAACAAUGUCAAGCAGCAGGAGCAUAAGCGCUGCAAAUACUGUCUUGGAACUGGAUAUCUUGCAUGUGCUCGAUGUUCAAGCACAGGAUCCAUUGUUUUUAUUGAUCCUGUAUCAAAAGUUAAUGGUGGCAAUCAACCUUUGUCACCUCCAAGAACCGAAAGAUGCUCAAACUGUUCAGGUGCUGGAAAGGUCAUGUGUCCAACAUGCCUUUGCACGGGGAUGGCUAUGGCGAGUGAACAUGACCCUCGAAUUGAUCCAUUUGAUUAGAGAGUUAGCAGCUGCUAAAUCUUAGCAACCAGUGAGGCAUGAAAAUGUUUGCAGCCAUGUACCUUGAUGUUCUCCAUCAGUGCUUAGUGCUCAUACACUCUUUGUAUUCAAGAUAAGAGCUCAGGAACUUAAUGUAUGUAUAAAAGAAGACCUCAAACAUCUCCUGUGAACUUGUUCUUUGUAUCAUUAUUGUAGAAUGGAAGCAUGUGAAUAGUUUAAAUUGCUGCUCCAUUGAAUCAUCUGUCUUUAUAUAUGAAGUUUAAGCAAACUUUAUACAUACACAAACAUAUAUAAGGUUUAAGCCAUUUACAUGGGUACGCA